AUGCGGCCUUCCAUUAAUACGGAUCACCUCGUUGAGGGAAAUCCAUUCGAAAGAGUAGGCCCGGAGCGAGUCCAGGGCAUGCUUGCUGGAUACGAGGUCUAUCCUCUUCACUUCCUCGACAACCAUCCUGGCUUCAAAGAAACCUACACCUACACGCUACAGUUCAAUGACGUUCUUGACGCUCAUUUGCUCCACGUAGCGCUCUGUCGCCUUCUUGAGCACGGAGAUUGGCGCAAGUUAGGUGGCAGACUUCGAACCGCCAAGUUUCAGCAGCGACCAACACUUGAGAUACACGUUCCAAUCACCAAGACUGCUGACUACAAAACUGUCGCCUACUCGCAUCAGAUGAUCCGAUCUAAGCUUAGAGAGCAUCCCCUCGGGUCUUUGCUCCCACAGCCUACAGGCGAGCGCGGCUCCAUCCAGGCGGGUGCCGACCACUUCCGUGACUUCUCGGCGAGCCCAGAUGUCCCAAAGGACUUUUCUGCCUACCUCGACGGCGAUGUCCCGCUCUUGGCACUUCAUGUUAUUUGCUUCACAGAUGCCACUCUCGUGUCCCUCGCCUGGCCACACGUCUUGAUGGAUGGCACUGGAGUCCAGAUACUUCUCAACUGCUGGUCUCACAUGCUAGCCGGCCGCGACCGCGCCGUGCCCGCCAUCCUCGGAGUACAACAUGACCUCCUCGCACGAGCCAGUGAAUCUGCAUUGGCCCGUGAUCAGGUGCACUUCCAGGAGAGCAGCUUAAGCAGAGGAUGCACUACCAUGCGUCUCGUCUUCAAUAUACUCUGGGACCAAGUGGCUGGUUACUUUAGUACACAGAAACCAGUCAACCGCACAGUAUAUCUUCCUCGACGUGCUGUUCAGAAGCUUCGAAACCAAGCUCUCUUUGAAAUCCAACGGGCCAAUCCAGGCCACCCAGAUAAGCUCUGGGUCAGCGAAAGCGACGUUAUCCUCGGCUUGUUCAUUCACGCGACCGCUCUCUGCGAGCCAAAACCGCGCCCCAUCACUGUGUUUGGUGCCUUUGAUUUCCGAACCCGCAUGCCAGACUUCGUCCUCAAGGCUGGCGUCUACAUCCAGAACAUGGCGUGGGUCACCACGACCCCCAUGGACAUCGACACGGUCACAGGCUCAAUGGGAGAGGUUGCUCUGGCGUAUCGACGAUCUCUACAAGAGCAGACAAGCCAGGGGAGAGUCUUAGCACUGCUUCGUAAGCUCAAGCAGCUGUCGGACUCGGGCGAUGGAAUGACGGUGUUUGGCGGACCACCCAAUGCCAUCCUCUUCCCUUCCGGCAAUCUGACCAAGCUGAACUUCAUCCGCGCGGCGGACUUUUUGCCUGCCGUCUUCCGGCAAGGAGACGACAGCCCAACACGGCGAAACCCUCCCGGUACCUGUGUCUAUCACCAUAAGGGGUUUUGGAACGAAAAUCGGGUCCUGAAGAAGGGUAUGUUCAUUCUCGGGCAAGAUUGGAAUGACAACUACUGGAUCACGGGCUGGGGGAUGCCUGAUUUCUGGCGUCGCAUUCAGGAUACCCUGGAUGAUAUGGGCCCUUUCCGUUAA